CACUUUAAUAUGUUCACCUUCAUUGGUACAUUAUUUUUACAGUCAUAAUUUAUUUUUCCAACUCCUGCUAAUUCUGCGGAGCUGCCUUAUUCUCGUUGCUUUUCAUAAAACAUAACAAAACAAAUCAAGGCUAAUAUCUUAUUGAAAUCUGAGGUGUGUAGGUUGUAAACAGUUAAGAGAAUAAUUUAAAUAAUGGCCCUUUAAUAAACAUACUGUACAUUGUGAUCGUGUACCCUCACAGGGUAUUAGAUUCUUAAAAGUAGUGUUGUCCUCCAGGCCGGGUAGUGAUUAACUACAAUCUGGGAGUCACAAAGCAGUUUUAUUUUCUUCAGUAAUCACAGUCCAUUAUUAUGUGCGGUUCAUCUGAGUACUAACUAAUGAGCAAAACAUUCCUUUCCUUCUCCAGGUUAAAGUAACAAAUACAGGCUUCACCACUCCCUAGAUUUUUUUCCACAUUUUGGUCUUCUUCUUUAGGCUUUGCUGCACCGUUAACAUUCUGCUUCCUGCAACAGUCUAUCUCUCUCUUCUGUUGCCAACCAAUGAGUAAUUUAUUUAAAGGGACACUGUAGUCCCCAGAACAUUAGCUUAAUGAAGCAGUUUUGGGUUUUGUAUAUUUCAUAUAUCUGCAGUCAUUGCUCACUUAUUUGCCAUUUAGGAGUUAAAUCACUCUGUUUAUACAGCCCUAGUCACACCUCCCUGCAUAUGACUUGCACAGUUUUCCUUAAAGGGACACUCCAGGCACGCAGACCACUUCUGCCCAUUGGAGUGGUCUGGGUGGCAACUCCCACUACCCUUAACCCUUUAUAAACUUUAUAAACUGCAAUAAUUACCUUGCAGGGUUAACUCCUCCUCUAGUGGCUGUCUACUAGACAGCCACUAGAGGGCACUUCCAUGUCUAUAGCACAGGUUUUCUGUGCUAGAGCGUCGCUGGACGUCCUCACGCUAUGUAAGGACCUCCAGCAUCGCUCAAUUCCCCAUAGGAAAGCAUUGAAAAGCAUUUUCAAUGCUUUCCUAUGGAGAGCUCUAAUGCCGCGCAUGCGCAUUAGGUCUCCUCAGCCGGCGGGCGGGAUCAGUCUCGCUGACGUAAGGAAGAGGAGGAGCGGCUGCGACCCGAAACCACCGCCGAGGGACGGCGGUCUCAGGUAAGUGACUGAAGGGGUUUUCACCCCUUCAGCAACCGGGAUGGGGGGUGGGAGGGAGAGGGGACCUGCAGUGCCAGGAAAACUGAUUGUUUUCCUGGCACUGGAGUGUCCCUUUAACCUUUCCUCUAAAUAGAGAUCUAAUGUUUAUACUUCCUUUAUUGCAAAUUCAGUUUAAAAAACAAUAUAGGGUCAGGAACACAAACGUGUAUUCCUGGCCCUUUUUUGUGUUAAAAACACUAUUUAGCCCCUCUUGCCCUUCUUAAAUAUAGUAAUAACUCACCUUAUUUCCAUAGAAAAGCAUUGGAUUGGCUGAUAUCGUCAUUUCUGAUGAUCUCAGCCAAGGAAACGGGCCGGGUGUGGAGCCAAACGCUGCCCUGGCCAAUCAACAUCACCUCAUCGAGAUACAUUGAAUGAAUGCAACUCUAUGGAGAAAGUUCAGCGUUUCCAUGCAGAGCGUGGUGGAGCUGAACGUCGGCACUGCAAAGUGUGCAGCACUAACCCAGGAAGCCCCUCUAGUGGCCCUCUAGAGGAGUGGCUACUAGAGUUGUUCCUACACUGUAAUGUGGACCCUGCCUUUUCUCUAAACAGGCAGUGUUUUAAAGCAAAAGGCCUGCAGGGACUGAUGAUACCCAACAGAACAACUACAAUAAGCUGUAGUUGUUCUGGACUAUAGUGUCCCUUUAAGUUUCUUAAAUCCUGCUCUGUUAAUAGUUUGCUAGACCCUGCAGGAGCCUCCUGUAUGUGAGAAAAGUUCAAUUUACAGAGCAGGAGGUGAAAACUUUUAAAGUAAGUUACAACUGAUUGCAAAUGGAACCAUUUUGUUUUCAUGCAGGCUGUGUUGGUCACAGCCAGGGGAGGUGGGACUAGGGCUGCAUAAACAGAAACAAAAGGGAUUUAACUCCUAAAUGGCAGAGAAUUGAGCAGUGAGACUGCAGCGGCAUGAUCUAUAUAGGAAAACUGCUUCAUUAAGCUGAAGUUGUUUUGGUGACUAUAGUGUCCCUUUAAGGUUGCUGUUUAUACUCUAUUGCAGCUAAAUAAAGUUUGAAGUCAAUUUGAACUCCUGACCUUGAUUCUUCCUCUUUGUUUUGUGGUUAUUUAAAAGCAGCAGGGUAGAUAUCAUAUCCCUCUCAAAAAUAGAAGUGAAACCUCCAGCAUUAAGAUGAGGUUAUCUCAAUACACAGAAUAAACAAAGAAAAGUGGGGGCAUGACAGCCAGAGUGGGUCACACCUAAGAUGUAUAUAUUUUUCUGGUAGACCAGUAUUACGUUUAGCAGUGUUAUGUUUAAAAAAACAAAAAAAAACAAGGUUGUUUAGAUGAGACCCAUUACCACAACUAGUAAAGAAGGGACCAAUGUGUACUGUCGAUGGCGUUGUAUAUUUAUUUUCUGUUACCAAUUACUGUCUGGAGAUAUAACAAUAAUGUACAACUGAAGUUAUAUACUGUGUAUGCUAAGAUUCGCAUUGAGUCCGAAAAUAUACUAGAAAUGUAUCUGUCAUUUAUGUCAACAAAAAUAAAGAAUUAAAAAAAAAAAAAAAUAGAAGUGAAAAAUAAAUACUGUCACGAAUAAAUCAAGUAUUUAAUAUUUACAGUAUGUUUGUGUUCUUCAUUUGCAUUACUGUAAGGGUGCAUAUAAUUAGAGAUCAUAAAGCGUCCCUUGUCUUGCAUUCCUUCUGAUGCAGGUUAGGUAGAUUACAAUGGAGGGUAUCAUAUAAAUAAAAAUAAAGAAGGUGAAAAGAUAACAUUUAAAUGCCUGUUUAUGGUUAUGUAAGGAAUUUUCUGGCAUGUUGGUGACUGCAGAUUCCCAAAAUGCAAGCAUAAUUCCUAAUUGUGGGCAUAAUACACAGUGAAUAUUUUUGCCUGGCUAAAACCAUGAAUAUACUUUUAUCCUUGAGUCUUUAUAAACAUUGCCUUUUGUCUUGAUUAAGGACUGUUUGGUGGAUGAAACAGGACGGUUCACUGUUGGAGCAGGAAAUGAGCUAGAGAACAAAGCUGUGCUCGGUGAUGGAAAUGAGACUGGUAUGUAUUGGUCCUAACCACCUAGCUUGCAGCAAAUGGUUUAGAAUUAGAACUUCCUACCAAAGACACUAUGUAAUCCUUUCAUUUGUAAAGGAUGGGCUAAAAAGAAAGAUAGUGUGACCAAUCCCCUCUUUUGAGCUGUAAUUUAUGUCUCAAAUCACUAUCAUUAACUGCUGCAGUACUGACUGUCACCAUUUGCGUACAGUUUGAAUAUUCGAUAACCGUAAAUAUUUGUGUACUGUAUAGAUUUAGUAUAUCUAUCUGUGUGAUUUCCGUUAGUAUCCUAUGCAGUGUGUGUAUAAUCCAGUGUCAUGCAAUGUAUCAUAUGUGAUAGAUAUAUAUAUAUAUAUAUAUAUAUAUAUAUAUAUAUACACACUCUAAACAUUGAAGUAUGGUGUAUUUUACGGUACAGUUUCAAAAUGAAUAUCACAAUAGCCUUAUUGGGAAUUAAUCUUGAUUGGAGAGUUUUUAUGAACUCUGUUAUUUUGGCUUGAAAUUUGUUUUUUCAAUUGAUUAUUUAGUGAAUUGGCUCAGUGGGUUUGAUUAUACUAGUUUGUUGUAACCGGACUUGUAACUGAAAAGCCAUGUUGUUUUCUACUCUUAGUCAUAAAGAUGUUAAAUGGCUCCAAAAAUCUGUUGAAAGAGGAGGAAUUUGUACACAGUUACCCGUAUGACUGGAGAACCAAGAAACCUGUGAUCAUUCGAGCCAGCAAGCAAUGGUUUGUCAAUACAGCAAACAUUAAAGACAAAGCACAGGUAAAGGACAAGUCUACAGUAUGAGUUUUAGAUGUUAUGCACUACACAGUGUCUUGGCAGUUCCAAGAUGUCUGACCUUGAGAUGUGUGCCUUAAAGCAGAACUAUCACCAUUUGGGGACUUUGCCGAAUUUGCAAAGUCCCCCGACAGUGACAUCGCCACUGGUUGUCUGGUGGCCCAGGGGGGCAGGUAAAGGUGAGUUUACUUACCUGAACCUGUCCCUUGCGGGUGCUGCUAUCUUGAUCCUCAGCACAGACGUCACUAUUGUACUCUUACACAUGUGCCAGAGUACAGCAAUGAGGUCUAUGGAGGAUCCCACGAGACAGCAGGAUCCAUGGACACAGCCAGUUCCCUGCAGCCGUCACUGGUGUUUAUAAUAUUUAUUAUAUAUAUUUUUGUCAAGUCUUCUCUUGGGCAAAUUAGGUGACUCAAUUGUUAUGAGACCACAAGAUGUAUUUAUAUAUUUAUACAUAAGAAAAUGUUAUCUCAGUUAUCCUAUUUCUAAUUGCUAAUGACCAGAACGGUUAAGUCAAAAUAGAAAUCAAAAUGACAGAAACUUGAUGUGGUUCCGUGCUGAAAGAAACUGCCUUUUUAAAAAAAAAAAAAAACAUUCUCUCUAAACAGAAAGAAAUUGCAUUCUCUUACGGCAGCAAUAAUUUGGCUUUGUGGAGUAGUACUCUGUGCCCAUCAAUGCUAGUCUGGCCUGUAAUGUGCCCUUAUUAUACUGAUCUUGCCAUGAAUUUUCAAUUUAUAGAUGUUUAAAAAAAAAAAUUUUUUUUACCACUUUACUAUUUUCUUUGUGAAUUUUGAUUGUCUGAAAGCACACUAAGUUGCUCUCUGUCAAAUGCAUCGGUUCUUGCUAUGUCUUAUGUCCAUUUUGUUAAAACAUCGCUGUUUGUUUAUAGUAGUUGUGGCCUUUAACUCUUCCUAUAGAAAUGGAUGAUUAGCUCAAUGCAGACCCAUACAAAACCCUUUAAUGUGUCAAUAGUUACCUAAAGGACAUUGUGUUUGUCAUUUGCCACGCUGUGAAUUUUUACUGACGAAGCUCAAUAUUGCAUUCAUGUGCUGUUGCAGGAGGCUCUGAAAAAGGUGAAAUUUGUUCCUGCGUCUGCUGCCAACAGAAUAUUAGAGAUGCUAGAUCGUCGAACAUAUUGGUGUAUAUCAAGGCAAAGGAGCUGGGGUGUCCCUAUCCCGGCAUUUUACCAUAAGGAGACUGGAGAGCCACUGAUUAACAGGUAGACUAUUUAACAUUGCAGUCUGUUUGAAAUGACAGGACAUUGAUUUGCACAUUUGUAAGCUAGUUAUCUAUCAGAAUUAAUGACAAACACAGCAGAUUAAAUGAGUAGUGCAUCAAAUACAGAUUGCUUUGUUCACCAGGCAUCUGCAUUGUGUUGAUGAGCAACAAAAUGCAAACAGAAGACGCAAAUAUGGCCCCCUGGUGUUCUCUGACACCUGUUCAGGAGCUUUGAGUCUUCUUAGAGUAAAGAGAGUGAGGCAAGUAUCCCACUAUUGUCACAGGGCAAGAAGGAAUUGCCAUUAAUGACCUGCUCCCAAAAUCACCCUCUCCUCUUGCAGCCAGACUAUGCUUGCAAUCAUGUUUUCUAGCAGUAGGAGGCAACAAAGAUCACAUUCAAAGAAUUGUGUAUUGAACAAGUUAAUCACUACUGUGAAAUAGUAUAGUUAAUGUCCCAUCACAUACUCUACACUAAACUACAUCGCUGAUUUCCUACUUGUAUUUGUCCAUGUCUAACUGUUUCCUGCAUUCAAACUUGUUAUGCAUGUAGCACACUUGCCUACACCUGGCUCCUGAGGUUUUCCAACCUUUGCAUAUAGCUGCUGGAGCACAGCUUGUUUUUUUGUAUUUGGACUUUAUUUGUCUUUAAGUAAAGUAAGAAAGUCAUGCUUGUGAUUAAUUAUGUCUAGAAAUAUACAAACCCGGGAAAUAAAGUACAUUAAAGAGACUUCAUGCUGUACAGCAUGGUGCCAAACAUGGAAAUCCACACUUCAAAGGUCUUCUAUAAGGCAGUACUUCUUAUGGCCUGCAGUGUGACAGUCACUUCAGGCGUGUUUUCUGACAAAGGUAUACAUUGCCGUUUUUCAGGGUACCCUAUGUACCAAAACCACUUUGUUAAGAGAAAGUGGUUUUCAUGCUCAGAAUGUCCAUAUAAACGAUAAAAGUGAGAUUUAGGGCUCUUUUUUUGAACUAAUAAUAGAAAAAAUGUUGCUGAACAACAUCAGAAUGAUGUGAUUGUCAUUGCAUCAACAUGAAUAAUGGCUUAUCCCAGCUUUACAUGUCAAUAGUCAUCUAACAAAAUAUUGUGAUCGACCUUAAUGAUCUCCUGUGAGUGUUUAGCCAGUUCCAUGAUCACUGAGUGGCUCCCAGCACACUCUAGGUGUUUGCAAUAAAAUACCUGUUAAGAUCAGUGGAUUCUUCUUUGGUGUCAAUUUGUUGGAAUCAAGUCGAUUCUGAGCAGCUAAGGGCAAUUAAAAUACAAUUACUGAAUUUAAACAUUUCUAGUGAAAACUCGAUUCUUAAAGGACCACUAUGGUGCCAGGAAAACACUAAUUUUCCUGGCACUUUAGUGCCCUGAGGGUGCCCCCUCCCGCCGGGCUUUAGGGUGAGGAAGGGGUUAAACUUACCUCUUUCUCCAGCGCCGGGCGGGGAGCUCUCCUCCUCCUCUCCGCCUCCUCGGCUGAAUGCGCAUGCGCGGCAAGAGGCGCGCACAUUCAGCCAGUCUCAUAGGAAAGCAUUCGCAAUGCUUUCCUAUGAACACUGGCGUCUUCUCACUGUGAAAAUCACAGUGAGAAGCACGCAAGCGCCUCUAGCAGCUGUCAAUGAGAUUCAGAGAAACUGCUAUGUUUAUAGAAAAAAGCGUUAACCCUAGCUGGACCUGGCACCCAGACCACUUCAUUAAGCUGAAGUGGUCUGGGUACCUAUAGUGGUUCUUUAAUCAAAUGAUACUCCAAGAGCAGCAUUUGAAUGGCGCAGCACGGCAAGUUGUCAUGUAUGUGCACUAACCUCCCAAUGCUUCUCUAUGGUGAAGUAUUGCUUUGGCUGAUGUAAUCAGAAUUGAUAAUCUCAGCCAAUGAGACUUUGUGACCACGGAGAGAGCAGCGUGGUGAUGAAGAAAAGGUAAGCAAAUGUACAUUUUCAUGCACUCAGUGGGGUUGGGGAGGGGGGGGGGUGACCUAAACAGCUAAAGGACAGUAUAAAAAUGUUUGUAUUUGUAACGUCAUAGUGUUCCUUUAAAUAUUGAAUCAAUAGAGUUGCUGGAAAAAGGGUUAACUGCUAAGCUUCUGAAUGUUAUAGUCUAAGACUACAAUCAUUCCCUUAAAGGAGCACUAUAGUGCCAGGAAAACAAACUCACACUGUUAGGGUCAUUAGGUCCCCUCAGGGAACCCAUCCCGCUGGGCUGAAUGGGUUAAAACCUCUUCAGCCACUUACCUUUCUCUAGCGCCGGGCUCCCUCUGUGCUGAGGAACUCUCCACCCCCUGCCAAUGUCAGAUCCGAAUGUGCAUGCGCAGCUAGAGCCGAGCGCGCAUUCAAACAGCCCAUAUGAAAGCAUUACUCAAUGCUUUCCUAUGGACAUCCAGCGUCUUCUCACUGUGAUUUUCACAGUGAGAAUCGCGGAAGCGCCUCUAGCGGCUAUCACUGAGACAGCCACUAGAGGCUGGAUUAACCUUCAGUGAACCAUAGCAGUUUCUCUGAAACUGCUAUGUUUUCAGCUGCAGGGUUAAAAACUAGAGGGACCUGGCACCCAGACCACUUCAUUGAGCUGAAGUGGUCUGGGUGUGUAUAGUGGUCCUUUAAAAUUCUAAUUUUGUUAAUUUGAAGAUGCAAUAUCCUGGACUGCAUCAAGUAUGGACGUGACUAUUAUUUGUUUGUAAUGGAUGUGUGUAAUUUCUGGUGCACAUUGUACAUGCUUGCAUUUUACACUCGGAGGUGCCUGCAGUCUUAUUGUUUAAUCACCCCAGUUUCACAGGAGCAGUCAGAUGCUGUUUGUCAUUGUGUAUCCAGCUAAACAAAAAUCAUCCAUUUUGUGAUGUUGUUUCUGAGGCCAUCAGAGCCAAUCAUGAAUUCACCAAGUUUUACCCACGUUGUAAUUAGUAGAUUAUGCUAUCUAUACGCCUGCCAUUUGGCAUUGCUAAAUGUAUUGAGCAGGGUCCCCAUAGUAUCGACAUUGUUCAACCAUCUAAUAUUAAAACAGGGUUAAAGUGAUUUAUCACUAGAAUGAUGGCUUGGUUUGUACCCCCACAAGGAUCAAUGACUUUUCAUGCCAUCCUCACAAUGUAUUCCUUUAAGCACUCAUUGAUGGAGCAUCAGCUGCUGUAUAGAUCCAAGUUACCAGGAUACGAUUGGUAAAUGCCAAUUUGGAAGAUUGCUGUGGUGGCUCUGUGUGAGUUGUAUAACAAUCCAUAGUUAGUGGUCUGUUAGAGGUUAAACAACUUCCCAUAUAACAAAGCAAUUCAUCUAUUUUUGUUGUUGUUGACUCCCCAUCUCCAAAAGUUUGUUAGAAAAGUAUUUUUGUGAAUUCAAGGAAGUACUGAUGUAAUUGAGGAACAUAAAGAAUUAAGCUUCAAAUUGAUUUACACAGCAAGAUAUGAAGUUUAUAGGUAAAUCAAUUUUACAGUAAAAUGUGGCUGUGCAUGUGACUUGUAUAUCUACCAACAAAUGCACUUGUGCACAAAUGCACUUUUAAUGAGCGUAUUUUUAUAUGUUGUAUAUGAACUGGUAAAGGGGGAGGGGAAGCCUUGCAUUAAGGCGGCAUCAUCGAAAAACAUUUUAAUAAACACAAUAGACGUGUGUGCCAUGUAAUAUGUAAAUAACUGUAAUAUUUUAUUAUAUAGAAAGUGUUUUAUCACAUGCAGUCACAACAAGCAAAAAAUGCAUCAUAAAUAUGUGCUCUGAUUCCCCCCCCCUCCCCCCCCCAUAAAUAUUUUACAUUAAGUAAAACUUUGGAGGCAGGACAAUGUGCCAAAACUUAAACAAAAUAAAAAAUUUAAAUAGGGGCGGAGGGGACGAAAAAAUCGUUUUGUGUUACAUGCUCUGUAAAAAGUUAACAACUCCAAGUAACAAGUAAUCGUUUAAUUCCCUGUCAUAUAGAUCUUAUAUGUUCUGACUUUUAAUCUAUUCUAAUUAAACGUUUCAUGCUUCUCCUCUUUGAUAAUAAGACAUAUAAUAUCAAACCAAGCUGCUACAUACUCUUACGUUUCAGAUAUUUGAGUACAGGGUUGUACUCCUGUUUGGACACACAUUCCCUGUGUUAGCUGUUUUUGGGUAUAUGUCCAUUUACGCCUUGUAAAGGGACACACAUAACAAUAUGACGUGUAGUUUAACAUUUCUUUUGCUAUUUGUUAGUGGUAAUGUUGCCUGAUUCCAUGUGAAUAUGAAUUUAACUACUUCACCUCAAAGUUAUUUGCAAACAAAUGAGUCUUAAUUUUUGUUUUUGUGUCUUUAUUUUUCAUAUCUGUAAACAUAAAGAGCACAUUAUUUUGAAGCAAAAUGGCAACUUUGUUUCCCAGUUUACAGAAAGUAAAAAAACAACAACUUUGCAUUACAAAAUAAUAGAGGUAAAAAUUAGAAUAACAUUUGAUAUAAAAGUUAUUAUGGUUGUAAAUGUGUAUACAAGGUGUUGGCAUAUAAAUGCAUAGCUUCGACACCCCUGCCUAGGUCAGGUAGCUUUGAGAAAAGUUAUUCGGGUAGCAUAGCCAAAACAUUGGUAAGAGGCUUGCAAAAAUACAUGCUGCAUGGCAGCCUAUGAAUAAAUAUAUAGUACUACACAGUUAUGAUAUAUAAAGCAUCCACCAUAUUCACUGUCUUGGAACUCUAUCAUAAUUUGCCCAAGAGAAUUAAAAAAGAAAAAAAACAAACCCUUUGGUUAACACACAACAUAUCAAUGAAGAAUCAGCAAAUCUUCCAAUAACAGGAAAUAAUUAAACAGAAUAAUGACACUGGAAAUUUGGUGUGUAAAUAAAUCAAAUUCAUCCUACUAAAAAAUAUAUAUAUAUUUUCAAUUAACACUGUGUGUACAUAUGGGAAACGUUUGUUGAUGAAAGGUUACAUUUAGGGCUCUAAUUUCCUACAAGUCAAGUCGAUGGUGACAGUUAAAUGUAUCUAGUUCUAAAACAAAUAUUUUACUGUCUGAUAUUUAGUAAAAUUUCCCUUAAUAUUUUUUUUCUUAAAUCUGCAACUUCUUUUUCUUAAAUCUAUACAUUUCUAUAUUCCAAACAUACCGGUAUGUAAAUAUCUGUAUCUAUAUAACAUUUGCACUCUCAUUACUUUUACACUGAAUGUCUUCUUUCUGAUGAUUUUUGAGAUGAUCAGAAUAUUGGCCUACAGAAAUGACAGACACAUAUUAAGAAUUAGUUGGCUGUCAAUUCAUAGGUCAUCUUCCUGGUCACCAGUAAAGUAGUCCGAGGAACGUGAUGCUUUUCAUUAGUUGUAAAAUAAUCAUUCUGUAAGGGUAGUUGAGUAGUGAGGUUCCUGAAGAUGGCAACUUACAGAAAUGUCUGUCCCCAGCUUGCUCUUUUUCGAAGGCCAGCACGUGCCCAUCAAAAGUAACAGCAUCUCCACUGGAGUACUGAGCAGUCCACAUGGAGAUGCUGUUACACCUGAUACACACUAAAUGGUUUUCUUUGUCCUGCUGUCCUCUGUGAGAUCCUGCCUGGAGACCGUGUUCUUGAUGUAGUCUCGGACAUCCUUUGACGUGUAGCAGAAGUGGCCCAACUGGAAACGAAAGCAUUCAGAAAUCAUUAUGUUGGACUGUACUCCCUAAACUCCUGACAUUUUGCAAAGUCACUUUCUAAUCACGCCCACUGAGAGCAGUGCUGAUGGACUAAUUAAAACAGAUAGUUUAGCAACCGCACCCUCCCCAUGUGAGGAAUCGUCCAUUGGCUUAAUACCCACCUUUUGCGAUAUUGCUGCUUGCUUCAAAGGCUGAACGGUUUAAAUGAAUGAGAAGAAUGUUUUGCUGAAAUGAAUGUCAUAGCACCUUUGAGGGAAGACUGUCUUGUGAGCUGUAUAACAAACCCCGAGCUUCCUGAAUCUGCUUGUGAAACCCAAAACCACAAGACGUAUCAGAAGCCUGUAACCCUUUCAGUGUUUCAUGAACAGUGCAAUAUAGCAACCCCAGCAAUGUUACCAACUCUCUUACCAGAUCAUACGUAACUUUGUAUUGAGCUAUAACUUCAAUGCUUUAAAAUGAAAACAUACAUUCAUUACAAAUUAAGUUGUUCUGCAGAAAUAAAGCACUUUUGGGGGGAAAGUUCUCACAGUGGAACAUUCAGCAGAAAUAUUCCAUUGGUUUCCAUAGUGAUUGCUCUACUUUUGGAACUUUGCCCCAGAAUUGCUUUUUUUUUCAUAAACCCUCUGCUCAAAACAGACAGCUUAGUUUGUCCCAUUAUUACAUGCUUGUUUCUGUCUCCCUUUCUCUGUCUUUCUGUCUCUAGGUUCUUUGUUUCUGAGCAGGGUGAGUGCCAUUAAAUGCCCUCUGCCUCCCCCCUCUGAAAUUGAAAUUAAAUCAGUCCCUAUCAGCAUGCAGUUCUGCUGUUCAAUCACCCUAGGAUGAGGCUUGCACCCUGGUUUUGUUACAAGUAGCCAGCCCUACCCAGUAAACUGCCUACCUUGUGUCUCUGCAGAAAGCACAAUGACAAGCAGUCUUGUUUCACUUACAAUUACUGGAAUCCAGGAAAGAACGAAAGAAUGAAGACCAGGAACUGCUUUCUCUUUUAUUUAUUUUUCUUCUUCGUUUCUUAGCAGUCGUUUAACUCUGCCUCCAGAUGACUCCCUAAAUAGGAAUGUGCCACAAUCAAUAUCUCAGUGAUUGGCUUGUGUCACUGAAGCUUAUAUUGGCCCAGGUUGCACAGGCAGAGGGAGAUUGUCUUAUGACACGUAACGCAAGCUCGCUCUCUCUCUCUCUCUCUCUCUGAUAGGAUUUAUGUGCUCAGGGCAAAGUUUUACAAGGGCCUUAUUGCCUUGAUGGACUCUGAUACUAAGAUAGGAGACGGCAGAUUUUAGCUUGAUAAGUUCCAGGAAAGGGGAUGAUUUAUCCUUUCUCGUGUUUUUUUUUUUUUAUCUUCCAGUUUUCUUAAUCGAAAUCUGGCAUCAAAACCAAGCUGCAAAUUAUUCAUGAAGCAAAGUAUUUGCAGAAGUUAUCUGAAGCAUUAGAUGUAAAUUAGAGUGGCUUUCAAAUAAAAUUUGUAUGUGAUGGGCUCCCCACUGUGCUAUAUGGGCAUGAUUCCUGGGGCGACAUAAGAGUUAAAAAAACAAACAAAAGAAAACUUAAAGGAACAUUUCAAUUACUCUUUUCUUUACGCUAGUCAUAGUACAUGGAACUUUAUGUCCCGGUGUCCUGGCAUCCUAUUUACUUUAGGUUUAGUAGUCCCAUUAAAAUACAGCCCGCAUAGCAUUCCUAGCAUAAGCAGUCUCAAGUAGUUUCAGACACGAAAAAAGCAAAAUAAACUGAUUGAUAAAUUAGAAUGUCACAUAAUUUCUUUCAUUUUACUCAUAACCCCUACAGUAUUUCAUAAACCCAUGCUGUACAGAUGUUUAUGGCUUAUGGGCAGGGUGACCAGAUCCACCAUGUUUUCUAAGACGCAUCAUAUAUAUAUUGAUAGGCAGCACGUGAAAAGGGUAGCCGUGUAGUAUGUAGAAUUCAGAAGAAGGUGUAUAAGAUUAAGCAAUUGGGCAAUGAAGAAUCCUGCAGAAUAUGCAUUCUGCAUUCUGCAGGGCAACCCUUUUCAUGCGUUUUCAUAAAUAUGACAAAAUGAUAUGUGUCUCUGUAAACAUGGUGGAUAUGGUCACCCUGCAAAUGGACAAUUCUCUUAAAUUAGGGGUGAACCAGGAUCGUCUGAGAAACCCCAGACACUUCUAGCAUUUAGUAAUCCCCGCAGAAGUUGCAGAGUAGGAGCAAAUUAUGGGAGCACAUUGAUGAUGUAUUUAUAGUUUUUCCCUCUGCAUAUUCUGUAAUGUAGUAUUACCCUAAUAAGUGUGUUGCAAAGGGCUAAUGUCUGUUUGAUUUGGUGCCUCUGUGUGCUCUCCAUGCGGCGGGCGCCAAAGCUUUAUAUAAUUCUGCAAAUUUCCUUUUCUUCCCCGCUAGUUAGAAUUUUCUCUUGAUUUAUAUAGGCACCCAAACCACGUCAGCUCAAUGAAGUGGUCUGGGUGCCAGAUCCCUCUAGUUUUAACUCUGCAGCUGAAAACAUAGCAGUUUCAGAGAAACUGCCAUGUUUCACUGAGGGUUUAUCCAGCCUCUAGUGGCUGUCUCACUGACAAGCGCUAGAGGCGCCCCCGCGAUUCUCACUGUGAAAAUCACUGUGAGAAGACGCUGGAUGUCCAUAGGAAAGCAUUGAGUAAUAAUAUAUAUAUCUUGUUCUUGAGAAAGGCCCAAGGGGGUGCUGAAACAUUGAUCUAGCAAUGUAAUGUUCACAGUUUGAUAUUUUUUUUGCUAAUUAAAAUCUGUUUGUUUUUUUGUAAAAAGAGGGCACUUCUUUUUUAAUACCAAUACUUACAGAAGGAUGGAUGCACUAAGUCAGUGUUUUUAAAGGUUGAGUGCCAAUGUUUGGUUAUAUAUAUAUAAUGAUGUUCAAACUCUGUUACACUGUUAAGGACAUUGCUGUUUUUUCACAGAGUGCCUGAAGAUGUGGUUGUGCUUUCUUACAAAGCAUUUUUAAAGGAGUUCAUUCAUAUGUCUUUAUGGAACUGGGUAACAUUUAAAAUAUAGACCUUGUAUGUUAAUUGAAUAUCCACUGUAAAAUACAUUUACUGCAUUUAACUGUAAAUUUUAUCUCUGUGGAGUUCUUUGAUAAUCAUACACAUCAGGUAUUACUUUGACUUUUAUUGCUGACACACAACCCGCAUCUCACUGAGUUUUAUUCCACUGAAGUGGUGUAAUACAAAUUAAAACAUUACAGCGAGUUGUGUGUUUGUGUAGGUCUGUGAUAUUCACACAAGUUGUAUUGAGAGGAAGCUCUGAUGGACAAAACCCAUGCUGGUUAGAGCAAUUCUAACAGCACUGUCCUAAAAACGGGACACCCAGGUUUAAAUCUUGGUAAGACCACCUCAGUAAAUGUCCUUAGAUUAGACCACUAACUAUACAUAUCCACCUACCUUAAGACCUUAUAGAUUGUAAGCUCAUUUGAGCAGAGCUUAUUUCACAUCUAAUUACCCCUUUCUCUAAAUGUAAAGCACUGACUAUAUUGGCGCUAUAUACAUUCUAAUAAUAUUCAUUGUGAAUAUUAUUAUGCAGCUCUGUGACUACUCACUGCUGUUUUCAAUAGUUUUGGAGCUCUGUAUGCCUUGAUGCACACCAGAUAUUACUGUGAGUUGUAAUGCAGUGAAGCUCUUUGAUUAAACCAACACAGUGUUCUCACUGUGAGUUUUAUUGCUGCGAAACCUAGUGACAAACUAAUAUAUGCUGUUUAUUUUUAGCAUAUCUAGAAAUAAAAUAGUCUCAGUAAAUUAUAGUUGAAUGAGUGAAGACGUAAAUCGAUAUCUUCUUCUACAAGAGCAUUUUUCUGGUGGGCAUCGUCAGAGCAUAAGGCUGUGUGUCUAACAUACCAGUGAUGGAAUAAAGAUUGGGGAUAGCAAAGGAAUAACAAUGCCUCUUGUCCAUCCUUUAGUCCUCUUUCUCGCUCUUUUCUAACCUUAUCUCCAGACGUUUGUCAUCUUUUUCUACACUUAGUACUUUUCCUCCCUAUUUGUGCUCAAUAAGGGUAACAGAAACACAUUUACAGUUUGAUCCAUGGUAACUACCAGCAUUGCCCCUUGAAUACAACUGCCAUAACUCUUCUAUUACACUUUUUGAAUUUGCAAAAUCAAAUCUCAUGCAACAAUUGUAACUGCAAGAUUGUUGUACAUUAACACUGAAUCUGUUUUUAAAAAUAGCUUCCAAAGGGUAGGGUAAAUAGAUUAAAGCCUUUCUGAGGGAGGUCUAACUGGUCUGAGCACUUUAGAAACAUACGGGAACAACAAAAAAAGCAAUCUGCAUACCAGCACGUUCCUCCACUCCCCACAACACUUCUGUAUCACCACUGUGUUUACCGGCCGUAAGUGAGAACAUUAGUUCAUUUUUCUUUCUUUUUAAUAAUGACCUCAAGUGUGGCUUUUAAAGGACAAAUCUAGUAGAUUCUAUAGUUUUUGCAUAAGUAUCUCAGAACCCUUGAGAUGUCUCUGUAAGCCAAAAGGCCCAAUAUUUUGUUAAUGAUUAAUAGUUAGCAAAUAUUUGUCAGCUGUUAUUCUCUUGGUUACGUUAUGUUUCCCAGAGUAGGUGAUAUAGAAGGUAGAAAUGAUCUAGUAAUAGCAUGGGAUCUGCAGGUUUUAUGGCAGAUAAAGUUUGCUCAGUUAAUGGUUAAGAUCAUAAUAGCACCUGAUUUUUAGUUUUACAACCCUGCUAAGUUGUGCUUGGUACACCUUUGCCCUCUGCCUACCUGUCAGUAUUUAAAAUGCACCUGUGGUGGAAAAACAAAAGAGAUGUAAUUUAAAGAGACAGUAAUGCUUUAACAUGUUGUUAAUUAUCAUGGGGCUUUAUUCACUAAACUGAAUUAAAAAUAACAUUUUCAGAACUACAGCUAAAAGUGCCGGCUGGAGAAUUUUUCCCCCCGGGCGAAUUUGUUAUUAUUUUACAAAUCUAGGGAUCUAAAAAAGGCCUAUAAAAAUACAUCUGGAAUUCAAAUUGCAUCCAUUUACCAGAAAUGUGGUAGCUUACGAAUAAAUCAAAGUGACUCAAAUCCCUGAUCUUGCAUUAUUUACAAGUUCAUGAGCAACUAUUCACCAACUGCAGCCUGUUAAGCAGUAAAGAGGGCACCUUGCAUGCACAACGUAGGCGGAAUCCAGGGAGGAAUGCAGACAAACAUGGUGGUUGGGGAGGACAUCAUGGUGGAUGUUCUUAGGAAUUUGGCAGCAAAUUAGAAAUGUUUCCAUGAUCCCAGAAUGCACUGGGAGAAGUGUGUCCUCUAACAUAACCAGCCCGUUAAGCACACAGGAAGAAUAAAAAUAAGACUGCAUAAAAUCAUACCAAAUUCCCUAGAAAUCAACACAGACCUAGCCUCUCUUUGUGGCAAACCACACGAGCAUUAUUGCUUAAAGUGGCUCUCUUAUGUUUUAUUUUUAUUUUUCUUUCUUAUGCCCAUUGUAUCUUAAUGAUUACACUCCCUCCCUUACUACUUGCCUUUAUUUAUAUUUAUUAUGUUUUAUUCCUUUUGUGGAUUUCAAGUGCUGCCAUUUUGUUCUCUUUUGCCCAUGAUGUGCGCAGUUUGCCUUUCUGUGGGAUUCUUUUGACCAAUGGAUUGUAGGUAAAUUAUCUUAGAAACUGAAAUGGAGCUUCGACCUAAGCUCUACCUGUUGCCAGAAAUUGCCGAAAAUUGCGUUCCCCAAAAGAAGUAGCUCCUUACUUUUUCUCAUGUACAAGUAGACAACUGAGGUGAAUUCAAAAAAAAAUUUAAAUAGAUGGACAAAAGUUAAUUUAAAUUAAUACCCGCAAAGCGACAGAAUUCCUUUAAUCCCUGUAGCAGGGUCCAGGGAUUAUAGAGUUUAAUAAAAUACCAUAUAUUUCACCCAAAGUGUGUGUCUGGUUCGUGGGUGCAUGUUAGAUUAUUAUAAAAGGAUAUCCUUUGAUCUAUACAUUCUCUAGCAGUUUGGUUUUCAUAUUUUUCAGAUACAUCUGCUUUUUUGUUUUAGGCCGUGGUGCCAAUAUAUGAUAGACCUUUUCUUUCUCAUGCUGUUAAGAUGAACCUACCUUUCAGAUAAAAUAAAACAUAUAUAUAUAUACAUUUAUGCAGCAGACUAUAAAAUAUGUAGAUUUGCUGUACACAAACUUCUUAAAAGUUUGGCAGUUAUAGAUUAUUUUAAUAGCUGCAGUAUCUGCACACAGGUGUGGAUGAAGUUUUCCUAUUUUUAAAUAAAUAAACCAUAAGCUGCUAUUCUCUAGUUCUUCUCAUAAACCUAAGUUACAAAUCUUACAAAAUAAGCGUUAGCUCACUUAUCACAAUAACUUUCAACCUAAAAAGUAUAAUUAAAAUGAAAUUAUACACAAGGCGUCCACAAGAUUAGUAAAACGUUUCUUUCCAAUCACCACUGUUAGUAAGUUCAGCCUUUAUCAGAAUAAACCUCUUGUGUUGGUUACAUAUGUUUGUUGAGUGUCUUUUACUUGGGACGUCCAUGCACAUUCAAUUCAGUACCCUUCCCCUGUUUAUUUGGGAGCUGUGGUAAAAUGAGUAGCAGAAAGCUAUAUUGUGUAAAAGUUGUUUUCGGCAUUAUUCUACACCUCCAAGAGGCAAUAUAUAGUAAACAAAAAUACUCCAUGCAAAGAUAAUAUGAAUAUAAUAAGUUACCCCUUGUCAUGGGUAUAGAUUGCUAAAGUUGGCAGGUAAAUACACUAUUGACAAAGAACAUAAGGAGACAAAUCUAUUGAAUAGUUUAGAUUCUUUUUACACCUAAUCUUUGUACAUGCAGGUUUAAUAAUUUUCGCCAGAUUCAAUGACAUUAAAACAUAUUAACCUCUGAGAAAUGGGAGUGGAAAUUCGGAUUAUCUGGAAACUUCAGAUCCUGAUCAUUUUACUAGGCAAUAUUCUGCUUCCUGUCUGUGUUUUGCUCAAGCGUUCCGAGCUUGUGUUUGCUUUGUGGAUUGUGUUAUCGUUUGAAAUUUCAGUUUAAAUGUGAAUCACUGUCUCCAAGUCUGUCAAAGGUGAAACUGUUGUCUAUUAAAUUAUACUACAUGUAUAUGUUCAAGAGCUUAACUCUAGUCUUGUAAAAUCACUGCCUUUUUUAUUCUGGAAUGAAGAAUCCGAUAAAAAUUCCAAACCAACCCCAAAGCUUAACAACUUGUAAAUAAGUAAUAGGAUUAUUUAAGAUAAACUUUUUGAAAGCUAUAUUGAAACUCAUGUUUCUUGUUUCAUUUAGGUCAUUCUCUCGACUCCCACAAUAUAAAGGAAGUCAUUGUCUAAACCUUCAAAAUAUUCUAUGUGUCCAUUUAGAGAAGGUUUAAAUAAAUUCCAGUUGUUACAUAAAUGUAGUAUUUUGACCUUAAUACAGUUUAAUGUAAACAUUAUUCUAACUUAAAUAAUAGUAAAUUUAGAGUAAAAUAAUUUUCUUUAGAUAUUUUAAGGUUGCAGGUUAUUGUACUGGUGUACUAAUCCCUGUGCAUUGUGGGAGCACACGGGUGUGGAAAUAAUCUAUACAUCGUGAUUCCACUGGCACAACACGUCUGUUAAAUAGUAUUGUUUUAAAAAAAAAAAAUGUGUGUGUUAAAAACUCGUAUUGGUUAAUAAAACCAAAAAUAUAAAAUAUUUUUAAAUAGUUAGCUGCUACCACACUUAAUGUGCAAACCGCCAAAAACACACAAAAAAAGUGAAAUUUACUGGUUAUGGGUUUUUUUCUUUUUCUUUUCUUUUCUUUACGAACCUUGGCAGCAACACAUUUUAGGGCAGAUGACGUAUCUGAACCAAGCAGAAUAAUUCAUCCCAUCUCUCAAAGGAAGACCGUACCUUCACAAAUUAUAAACUUGUCACAGGUUCUUAAACAGUUUGUCCCUGAAGAUGAGAUUCAGUCAGCUAAAGGCUUUAUUGAACAGCUAUGAAAGUUGUCAUUUUAGCCAGUGGAUAAAUGGCCUUAAUAAAUGCGCUGGGGGAGGCUUAAAUACAUUUCUCGUGGCUGUCUACCAGAUAGCCACUAGAGGCGCUUCCUAUGCACUGACCAAAUUAAACCUGGGCAUGUGAUGUGGAAGCUCAUGGGAAAGCAUUGAAGUCCGUGCUUGCCUGCAAUAGCAUGCAUAUCUGGUCCUCAAUGCUCCUCUGUGAAAAACAAUAGAUGGAACCAUUGCAGGAGGAGCCUAUGCAUCCUCGAUGAUGUUGUGUGAGGCAGAAAGGUGAGCAGCGCUGAGGGAGUCUCAGAUCUGGGAAAAGGUAAGCAAAAUCAAAAUUUUACUACUUUUAAAAGAAAAGUGUGUGGGGGAUACCUGUAUAUGAUCGGGACAGGGCACUUUAGUGCUAAGAAUACAGGUUGGUAUUCCUGGUUUGAAGUCUUUCCUCUAGACCGGGGGUGGCCAAACUUUAGCAACAUGGGAAUUACUAUUUUGUAGCCAGGCUAAUAGUGGCAGCCUACCUAGUAAGGGGCAGAAAGAGCAGAAUGCUGGAAGGGGGAGUUCUCCAGUCAGAUUGUGAAUACCAAGAAGUCUCUUGUCAUUGGUCCAUGGACGAGGGCUCACAUGCUCAGUCUGUCCCCAGUACUGUGCGAGGCUGCCAUUCGGUGACUGCUACCAAUUCGCAAUCUAGCAUUCAGCUGCCUGAGAUUAACUGGUAGAUCACGAUUGUUCAUUUGACCACCCCUGCUCAGCUCUGGACUUUUUCAGAGUAGAAGUCAAGUAAGAGGUAAUUGGAUCGAUAGCUCCUUAUCCAGUCCCCAAUGCAUUCCUAUAGUCCAGAUUUACAUUACGGUGCAUGAGCAAGGUCUUUGUUUAAUUUUAUAUUAGUAUAUCUAUAUUAUGCUGUUUAUUAAACCACCAUUGUACUGCAUUAUACCAUUAGUUGGGAAUUUAUAAAUACUAAAUAAUAAAAUUCUCCACAAGUUUUUAAAUAUAUCAAAUGGCAAAUGCUUUAAAGGUCACUCCAAUGAAAAAGAGUGUUUAAAUAAAACACUGCUUUUGGCUGGAGUAACCCUCGCUGACAUGGUCCCCAUGCCAAGGCCAAAUUCUUCCUGUAGCUCUGUCCUCCUUUGGUGAUAUCACUACCCCUUGCUGUACAUGGAGAGAUGACCCAAAGGUCAUGCUGAGGGAGGACUUGGGCAGCUGGGAGGGGAGAGCCGUGCUGCAGUUGGUCAUCUGUUGCCAGAUGGCUAUAUGUGUUCAUAACAUUUGUAGUCUAUGCACAGAACUGACUUUAGCAAAUGCCAGACGUAAAGUUAUCUCUGUAGAUGCAUUAUAUAUUACAGAAAUGUUGCGCACACAGAGUCCCAGCACCAUUUCAUACCAUGACACAUAAGACCCACAGUCCUACAUUCCACUGGUCUUGUCCUUGUAUAUUUUACCAUAGUGAAACAAAAUUUAAAAUUUUUGAAUUGUAUAAAAUCAGCCUUUACCUCCAUCUGGAAGUGUUUGAAAAUUAAACACCAGUCAUUUCCCCACAUCUUGUUGCCUUUCCACUGGACCAAUGUAUAUUUGUUAUUUGUGCUAUUAGUAGUUGUCUGGUCAGACAGCCGCUUCUGUUAAUAUUAUUUUUGUUGUUAUUGAUGUUUUCUUGCUAUUUUUUUAUUUUUUCUUAUUCCCCAACUAGAGAUGGGGGGUAGAAUUUCAACUAAGAAUAAACCCCAAUAAUCCUUAGGCCCCCUUCAGUUUACAAAAUAAAUGGAUAUUGUAACAGCACUGCAUUCCUCCGUGUAGGGGAGAGUACAAUGGAGGGUUUUUCAUAUUGUGUUGUGUUAUAUAUAAAACCUAUUAUAUUGCAAUUGAAGAAUGAGUCACUGAGAGCUAAAUUUACAUUUGAAAUGGUUUGCAAAGGUAAUGCAAUGUACUUUGGGCCCCUGUCAAAAAAAGUUUAGAACCUACAGCAUCUAUUGGGUGUUGAGGACCUUGCAAAGGUCGCUGACAUCCGUUUAUCUGAAAGAUUAUUCAAAUCUGAUUUCUUACCAAACGGCUGUGCAUAUUUUCAACUUGUAAAUAUCAGAAUUUGGCAAGUAACCAGAAAUGAACUCUCAUGGCAGUGACCAGAAUAGAAUGUUGGUUCUGUAUAAAUAGCAAUUCUGGGGAAAACAUCUAAAAAUUAGGUAAUUAGCAGGAACAUUCCGUUGGUUAAGAUGGUGAUUUCUCCAGUACUGCUCAUUAUACACAACUCUCUACCUCUCUUAUUAUGCAGUGUUACCACAGUUAAAUGGACUUUGGUAAUGGGUUUGUAUCACUUUGUCAUUUAAACAGCAGCUCUGGAGACCAUGCAAUGUAAUUAUUUCAACUGAUUUCUGUUAGUUUAAACUCAAAAUGUUUACAGUUCUACUUGUGUGAUCUGCAGCUUCUUCGAUCAUUUCUUUCUCCACAGAAACAGCGUUGAACAUAUUAUUAAGCUGGUGGAGCAGCAUGGCAGCAAUGUAUGGUGGACACAUCCUUUAGAAGACUUACUCCCUCAAUCUGUCCUUAAACAGGUAUUAUUGCUCAAAUUAGAUUACAUGUAGGGAAAUAGGAAAAAAUGUCUCAUACAUACAUAUUAACAUUUUUGGACAGCAUAGACACAAGUCCUAUGUAGUGUAUGUUUAAAGUGGUUAGCCUAACCUACCUUUGUUUGUCACUCACCCUGUCUCUUGCCAGGUUGGCGGAAGUGCUGCUGUGACGGAUUUUGAGCCUGGACGAGAUGUUUUAGACAUCUGGUUUGACAGCGGUACUUCUUGGGCCCAUGUUUUGGAAGGUAUGUGAACAACAUUUAAGUCAUAUUACUAAUACUUUCUUUACAGACUCAUGCAGAACAUUGUUUUAUACCUAAAAUUAAAAAAAUUUUAAAAAAAAUUUCACACAAUGUCCAUUCACUCACUUCCAUGUGACAUUUUUCUUGUUUGAUAAAGGUACCUCUUGGGCCCAUUUUUUGGAAGGUGUGUAAACAUAAAAUAAACUAUAUUGUGGAUGCUUCCUUUACAAACCUAUGCAAAACAUUGUUUUAUACCUCAAUAAUGAGGCAAUAUAUAAAUAUAUAAAAAAAAAUAUAAAGCCACAUAUCCUCAAUUCAAGCAUUUCCUUGUGACAUUUUUGUGGCAGUGGAUUGCAAACAUUAUAGUGAGUACUACUUAAAGGAGCACUAUAGGGUCAGGAACACAAAGAUGUAUUCCUGACCCUAUAGGGUUAAAACCACCAUCUAGCCACCCUGGUUCCCUCAUGCCUCCCGAAAUAUAGUAAAUCUUACUUGUUACUGUACAUAAUGCUUGCAUUAAAACUUUUGCUUUAUAAUAUUACCAACUAAAUGUGAGGGGGGAAAAAACCCAAAUACUUUUAGAUAUAUAUGAAAAAAAAUGUAGAACCCUUGUUUGUCUUCAUUGAAAUGCUGCUUCAAGUAGACACAUGCAUCUAGAGUAGUUUUAAAAGUAAUAGUAUUGCAGAUUGAUAUGUGGGAAGUUAGAAGUUUAAGAACGAACAAAGGAUCUAACUCGAACUUCUGUCACAUACCCAAGAUUUAAUCUAUGCACGCCAAUUUCAACACACUCAUGUGUGGGCGUCAAGUCUUUUUCUAUGACCUGCUGGGAAGCCGACAUGGAAAGGCUGUAACAGGACAUGCAGAAAUGGCCAGAACCUCUACAGUAAUAUUUAAUUUUAUUCAUGGAAGAGGAAGAAACCAAAUGAAGGCUGAGAAUUAAAAUGCACAAUAGCACCGAAACGAAAUAUACAUUCUAUUCCAAUGGCAUGCUAACAGGACAGGUUUUCAACGUACGAUGUAUCGUUCAUAUAUUUACUGACUUGAAUAUGUAAACACAGGGAUUAGGCGCUCACUAUAGUGGUAGUCUAAAGACCAAUACAAGGAUUCCCAACCUUGUGAUAAAAUGGUAUAGACAGAGAGAGGGAGGAAACCGCGCCCUAGAUAGUGUAAUAAUAAAAUAGUAAAAUACUUUCAAGUGGGACUUUUAAACCAAUUUACCAAGUAUUUUACUAUUUUAUUAUUUUUUGCUGUCGUUAAAAGGUAUAUUUUAUCCUUUAUUCAUUUUGGACUUCAACUCCUUUACCUCCUGGUUACCAUCACAUUCCCUGGUGGGGAUUAUACCACCUAUGCUACAAGUUGUGCUCUAGUAAAUGUGAGUACGUUAUUUUAUACUUUAUUUUAUUUAUUUUGUCAGUAUAUAUUGCACUAUUGGAUCUUUCUAUGUCUUUCCACAUAUAUUCUGCCUGAGACUACCAAGAUGCAUACUGCUGUACAUAUCCUUAGAUGGGGAUUGUUCCGUCCAUGCGUAUAAACAGCUGAGCUCUGAGUUAGCCCUAGUAAAUGUGAGUGUAACCAUUUAGAAACACUCAUAUAUAUAUAUAUAUAUAUAUAUAUAUAUAUAUAUAUAUAUAUACAUACACUCAUUAUACUUACCUUAUUACACUAUUAUCCGUUUAUGUUCUUGUAUCUUUUUGAGGUCGACUGUAUAUUUAUAUCUUCACAAUAAGAACUGUGUACGUAUACGAUUUUUUUAUAUUACACUAUCUAGGGCGCGGUUUCCUCCCUCUCUCUGACUUGAAUAUAUAUUCUUUGCAUUGUCAGCAGAAACAAUUUAUCUACAGUCUUCACCAAUACUGCCUUCAUUAAAGGUUUAAGACACACAAAAAUGAGAUAAAAAAUUUACUUUGAAUAGAUAAUGGCAGAAAUGAAUCAAGUAAGUUGUGUGUUCAAGGAGGGUUUGGAGACAGUGACAUAUCGACUAACGUAUCUUAUUAAUUCAUUCCAAAGGGCAUCAAGUAGAGAACACAGAUAGCAAAGCUGGUUUUAUUUCACAUUUCGAUAUGAUUCAAUGUUCAUUGAACCUUUACUGCAACUUAUGAAUAACAAUACGAAUGUAAUACUGUUGUAGGCAGAAAGGAAGAAAUGCUUUAUCUCAUUAAAGUGGUUAUAGUCUCUGGAGUCCCUUUAUGCUGUCCUUCCAUUUAGCAUGUAUGGGUUACGCUAACCCUUUUUCUGAAAUUCUGUUGUUUAGUUUAUAAUGCUGUGCUGAGCGUUACUUUAGUAGCAGUGGCCAUGUGAAAGUCACCCUCCUGCACCUAAAAGGUGGGAAACAGGAGGGUGACUAAAACAGUUUGUGUAUAUAUAUAUAUAUAUAUGUGUGUGUCUGUAUGAAUGUUUCUCUGUGUGUUUGUCUAUGUCUAUCUGUGUCUAUGUCUGUGUUCGUGUGUGUGUGUAUGUAUGUGUUUGUGUCUGUCUGUUUGUAUGUGUCUCUUUGUCUGUUUGUAUGUAUGUCUAUAUGUAUGUAUGUGUGUGUCUGUAUAUGUGUGUAUCUGUUUGUCUGCAUGGGGGUGGAGGGACCCAGGGAAGUUUUUGCACGGGACCCCGUGGUUUCUAGUUACGCCUCUAUUUACUAGGCACCCUUUGUAAAUCUAAAACUAAAGAGUUGAACUUAUCUGGAUUCCAGCUUUGGGCAAAGUUCCCAGUGUUUCCUUCUACCAAACAGAGUUCAGAGUGCAAUUAGCCACCUGGCACAGAAGUGCAGAUAUAUCUGUAUGUGCAGAAGAUAUCCAUUGCUGAAUCUUUAAUAUAAAGAAAAAAAAAUUUGUUGUAAAAAACAAAACUCAAUGUGUAAUCGAAUUUAAUUUGUUCAGACAUGACAAAAAAGUAAUUAAAGUUGAAUGUAUAAAUUAGAAUUUGUAGUUCUUCCAACUACAGGGCGAUAGUAAUCAAACAACCUGCUCUUGUCAGAUUUACAUCGUAUAGUUAAGUUAGAAAUUACAUAAUGGCACUUAAAAGGUUAUAAUAUUUAAUCAAUGCAUAGUGCUGCCAUUUAAAAUAGAUAUGUCAUCGGCCGUCUGAAUUACAUGAGUAUGUAUAGCGUAUGUGUGCAUAUGAAUAUAUGUAUAUUUGGGGUUUUAUACGUGUGCAAACAUUUUCACAAAUUAUUUACAAACAUUACAUGCAUAUGCAUACUCAUUUUGUUUAGUAUAUUCAAUUAAACAAACUAGAAAAGUCCUUUCAAUUCUGCAGGCUUCCAUAAUAACCUUUUCAAUGUUUAAGCUCAACGUUUGCUUUAGAAUGAUUAAGUUGGGAUUUUAUCUCACGGUAACCCCUUCAGUGUAUGCAGCCAGGCUAUAAAUCCUAAACGAUACAGGGACAAUCCUAGGUAGCUUGGCUGUAAGCUGACCUGGCUUGUAAGCUAACCUUGCUGUUUGUGUAAUUUUUAUCAGAGCAAUUGAGAUUUUACAGCAUUCAUAUCAGCUUACACGGUAGUGCUGACCCACAGAAUUAAAGCAAAUUAUACGCUGUAGGUCAUGCAUCCGAUCACAGCAUGUCAGUGAGCCAUUAAAAGUUAUCUUAUUGUAUGCAAUGUAUGGAUAAAAAUGUCUCAUGCUAAUUUUAUUAAAUUUUUUUAUCUCAUUUUUUUCACCCAUUUUUUAUUUAUUUUUUUUUUUUUUACUGAAAACUAUUAGAAUUUAAUGUUAACCCCUAAUCCCCCUGAUUUAUUCAAGAAGUUCGCUUUAUCAAAAGGGAUUAUUUUAUAGCUCAAACUGGUCCUGGCAUACAGCAUGGCUUCACCCACUUGAGGUACCUAUAGAGUAUAUUCACCAGUGUUUGAAAAAGUAUUGCGUUAUCUCGUAGCAUUGCUUUCCUACAAAUAGGAACAUUUUUUUUUUUUUGCUGUGUGUAAAUUUUUUAAAAAUUUUUUUAUUUCUGUCAUUAUAUAAUGGAAAUCGAAUUUGGCAAAAAAAAGUUCUGUUCUGUUUUUACAUACAAUGUCGUAAGCGAUUUCUUUGUUUUUCCCUCUUAAACAAUAGGACCAAAAAUAAAAGGCGCGAGAAGCGGGUAUACUAGUGCUACACAAAAAUUAGAAUGUCUGCCUUUUCUUUUUGUUGGAUGCUUUCCUUCUCCCAAAAGGAAGCUGUGUUGGUAUUCGGACAAGCCGGCAGCAUUUAUUCAAAUCGAUUUUUUACUUCUUCGGUAAUACUUUAAUCUAGUCUCUAUUUCCAGAUGUAGUGCAUUCUACAUUAUAAAAAGGCACAUUGCCUGACUUUUCUCAGUUCUUCUCUAACACAGUGCUGCUGAGCGAAUGAAUGGCCACAAGAGGGCACUUUUCAUUCUAGAUGUACACUGUCUGCAAUGAAUGUUGCAGAUUGCCACCAGUAUUGAUUAUAGGCAAGAACAAAUCACUUCCUAUAAAUGUACCUGAUUGAAACAGUGAUAUAAAAUGAGUUACAGAUUUUUCAAGAUAUAACAAUGAAAUUAGUCUAGCACGCCGUUAAAUGCCAUUAAUCUACUGAAUUGUUAAUAACGUAUCCCCUGGCUGCUUCAUCUUGUUACUGUGCAUAGAGUAACUGUGAUCUUCUGUAUCUAAACCAUUCUAUCCUUGUAAUGUGUGUGAUAAUAGGUCUUUUUAUAUGAAUUAUUAUACUGAAUUGUUUGGGAUCUCCUAUAGCCAUGUAUCAUAUAUCCUUUGACUCGCCAGCUUCUGUGAAGCUCUGACACUAAUCAUUUCUUUUCCCAUUCUGCUGUUGAUUAGCUCAGCUAUCGGUGCCAAGGUCUGUGGUUUGCACUGGUACAUCCAAGAUUAUGUAAUUGAUGUAAUAAAUAUGUGUGUCAUAUAUUGUCUGCUAGAUCACACAACUAUGAAUAAACAAACCGCUUACGUUAUUACUAAUGUGAUCGGAAAAAUCACCCCAUCCUUUGCUCUGCAAAGUAUAUGGUCUCCACCAGCUGUACUGUUUUAAAAGGUGGAUGUUUCAGUUUAUAUGUGUAAUUGGGCAAUUAGAUACAGUAACCCUUGUUUUAGAACAUAAAUAGUGUUACUAACCUCAGAUCCAGCUUGCUAACAAUACUUGGCACAAUGCUGGGGCAGCUCUGAACCUGUGAAGUUCAGUGGGCCAUGGUGAGCUAUCCUUAAAACUAAAAUCAGGACCCAUGUACCAGUGAGUGGAAAAUCUAGUGAGGUCAUUUUCCUUCCCUCCAACCAGGAACUGUGUGUGUGUGUGUGUGUGUCAUCAUUCCUUUUAAUGUCUAAGGACGGGGCUAGGCAACAUUUUGGUAGCACUGUGUCAUAUUAAAACUCUGAAGUUCCUAAAGGUGCAUACAUUUUAUUUUUUUAUAUAAAAGUAACCUUUAUGUAUGUUGAGGAAUUAUAAUCAUGUUUUGUAGGUAUGCUUUGUGAGGUUGUGUUGAGUUAUGUAUGUGUGUGCACUAUAUGCAUUGUUUGUAUUAUGUAUGUGUGUGCGCGAUAUGCAUUGUUUGUGUUAUGUAUGUGUGUGUGCGAUAUGCAUUGUUUGUGUUAUGUAUGUGUGUGCGCGAUAUGCAUUGUUUGUGUUGUGUGUGUGCGCUAUAUGCAUUGUUUGUGUUAGGUAUGUGUGUGCGCGAUAUGCAUUGUUUGUGUUAUGUAUGUGUGUGCGCGAUAUGCAUUUUUGUGUUAUGUAUUUGUGUGCGCGCGAUAUGCAUUGUUUGUGUUAUGUAUGUGUGUGCGCGCGAUAUGCAUUGUUUGUGUCAUGUAUGUGUGCGCGCGAUAUGCAUGGUUUGUGUCAUGUAUGUGUGUGCGCAAUAUGCAUUGUUUGUGUUAUGUAUGUGGGUGGGUGUGUGCGCGUGGGCACUUUGGGCCAGCUAGAGAGAUGCUCUGAUCUCCCCGUCUGGCAGCCUAGCAUGCCAUGCAAAGGCACCAUAGGUGUGCCAUAGUUUGCUGACCCUUUUCUUCUGAACACCUUUUUAAUUUUUUAGGUCAUAAACCUCUUCCAUUUUGCUCAUGUAUUUAUGUAACGAAGUCUAUUGUUGCGUUAAAGCUAAUAGGGUGACUAGGUAUGGGCAUUUAAAUUCGAUUUUCAAAAAAAAAGUCUAAAAUAUGCUUUUGUAAUUUAGGCUGCGCUGAAUUAUAUUUGUGUUUGUUUGUUUUUAAUUGCACUCUUGCCCUUAUCUGUCUAAAAAGAGCUUCUAUUUGGCCUUUAACUAUUAAUGAUAAAAUAGGCAGCCUCUGUAGGACAAGCUUUACUAAGUGGCAUAUUUGAGAUAAUGCCUUCAUAUGAGAUGAAGCUCUUGCCCAUGACUUGCCACUGGCGCUUUAUUAUUAUUAUUUAUAUAGUGCCAACAUAUUCCGUAGCGCCUAUUCUACUUCACUGGUACUUUAACAAUAGUGUUAUUAUCUAUACAAUACAAUGAUAUAAGUUGCCAUCUCAUCAUACUUUACACCACUUUUCGAAAUUACCAAAUGUUUAAGUUCCAGUUAUACCUACUCUUACACCUAUGUUCAGCAAUGUAGCUUACUUGUUGUAUUAUACUUCCCAUAUAUUAUUUAUAUAUCAAUGAACAGAGUUUAAAAUCUAUUCUCAAUCGAAAAUCAUAUAAUGAUAACCAAUCAUGUAACUAUCACUCCAACCCUCAUGUUUUGGAAAGCUUCACCACAAAUUAUUUUUUAGGAUAAUCCCGAUCUCCUGGCAGGAAUCAUGGGACUGUCACUCAGUUAUUUUUUGAGUUCUUCCAACGUAGCUGGUGUGCCUCACCUUUUAUUUUAAUGGGGCAAUUAACUCACUACUGACUACUGAAGAGAGUAGCAGAACACCGUUUUAGAUACAUUCAGCUGUCCUACUUCACUCCUUGAAUUUAGCCUCCUGACCUUUUUUUUUUUCCAAUACUUGUGCAUUACAGACCCACUUCUACCUCCUUUUCGCUAUGCUUUAUGCUAUUUUGGUUUUAGCAUUGAAACCAGAGUUGAAACCAGAGCUGAUGGUUUCUUUAUCUGACCAAGAAUGGACCAAAAUAAUGGUACAUUGCUAAUACUCAAUUGGCUUUAGGAAUGUACAUAAAAAUUCUAUGUUAUAUUACACAGAUCAAUAAACUUUUUAUUUUCUGCAGUCUGGGGUUAAAUACUGGAGGUGUCACUGAGGAUUUGAAACUUACCAACAUUUGUGGCUGGAUUGCAAUCACAUUAAGCUCUUUUGGCGAGGUGUCUAAGUGGCUAUCAAAUUAAGCUUCCAGAAAGAAUCUCACCAAUUCUCCAGCAGCUAUUUUGCUACAUUACACUAAAAUACCAAUCUCCAACUAAACAAUAAAAAUCUAUUUUAUAAAAUAUCUUUUCCUUGCCUUUGAUACUAGAAAGGGUGGUAGUGUUAGACAAACCUUGUAUAUGCCAAGUUUUGGAUACAUUGUCAUUUUUACUUGCAUUUGAAACGAUAAUUACAAACUUCAGGUCCAAUCACCCAGAUUUGAAAUAAAAUCCUUAAUUUGUUUAUUUUUCUAAAUCAGAUGUUUAUGUCCUAAAAUGUGCAAUUUCCACCUUAGUUUUCCACAAAACCUAGUUUAGUGGGUCUUCUCCAUAGAUUGUCUGUGCAUGGCCUGCUGUGUUGUUAACUGUUUGAUUCCAGCCUCUGGAGUUAUGAUAUCUCGGUGCUAUGUCUUAUUCACUUCUCUUUCUCUAUGUUGUAAGAUGCCGAGCAGAGAGCGGAUGUGUACAUGGAAGGCAAAGACCAAUUGGGAGGUUGGUUUCAGUCAUCCUUACUCACCAGUAUUGCUGCCAGGAAUAAAGCACCAUAUAGGUGAGUAGAACACAUUGGGAUUUGUAUUCUGAAUUAGCUAGGACAAGAUAAAUAAACCUGUCAUUGUAUUUACUUUUUGGGGAAAGGCCGCCUGUAAAUGGCAAAGACCCACCACAAAUUCUCCAGUUGAUUUAAAAAAAAAAAAAAGGAAAUAUAUAUAUGACCCAUAAUCCUCUAGACACAACCACCUUUACCAACAAUUAAAACAAAAUAAAUUAGAUUCAUGCCUCACCUUAUACAACUUGUUUGUUUCCUUUUAAUAAAUACCACUACUUUACUCUGACGUACUUACGUUUUGAUUUACAUCUGUGGAUAUGUUAGUCUGCUUGUAUCUUGUGCAUCUCGAAGGAAUUUUUAACCCAAAAUAUCCAUCAAAGGGGCAAUUUUUUAGGUGGGAAGAUAAGUGCAAUUUCUCUGGACAAGUGGGUAGCCAUAGAAAGAAAUAGAGAGGGAUUCUAAGUCGAGGCACAGUUUUUAGGGAUGUUAAUAGUCCAUUCUAGAAUCCCGUAUAACUAAAACGUCAACAAAUCAGGGAUUUUUUUGUAAGACCGUAGGCUCAUACUACACAUGAACUUUCUUUACUAAAACGCCAGCAGCAAAUACACUCCGUCUGGUUAAUACUUGCUGUUGAUGAACAUUUUUAUAUUAAUUUAUAGAAAUAUUGUUGUCCACGGCUUUACGUUAAGUGAAAAGGGGGAAAAGAUGUCCAAAUCUGUUGGAAAUGUGGUGGAUCCUGAUUUUGUGAUCAAUGGAGGAGCAGUGAGUACAUGUCUGUUUUACUCUGAUAAAAUCUAGAUUAAGUGCAAUUUUAUACAAGUCUAGGGGAAACGACUCAAAUAAAGGUUCUGUAGACUCCAAGACUAAUAACAGUUUAACGUUUGCAAUAUGGGGCUACCUUUCCUUCUGUAAAUACCUCUGGACAUCUAAAUUUUAUUCCAUUUUGGAAAAUCGCAUCUUUUGCAAUCAUGUUAACAAUUUGAUAUUUAAUUUGUGACUAUGUACAGCAAGCAUGUCAAACUCAAAGGCUAACACGGGCCAAAUAAACAAGGUUUACGUUGAUGUGGGCCGCAAAAAAACAAAAACUCCAGUUUUCAUAGAAAUGUAGGUUUAUUUAGAAAAGUACAGUAUAAAAAAAAAAAAUUGCCUAACAGACACUGGACGUCCUCACGCUUGUAGGGCUUCAAAGUAAACAAAGGAGGAGACGUGCAUUUGCAUGUAACCAAUGUUUUAGUCCAACAACCUUGACAUAUUAAGAAAAGUUUGGUAAUGGGACUGAAAUGAUGAAUGUAUGCUAAUACACUGCCUCCUCCCCCAAUUCUAAUAUAUUGCCCACAAAUCCAAUACACUGCCCCCUCCCCAACUCUAAUACAUUGCCCCCAAAUCCAAUCUAAUACACUUCCCCUUAAUCUAAUACACUCCCUCCACUCUAAUUGAAUACACUGCCCCUCCUCCCAGAACUCUAAUUUAAUACACUGCCCCCCUCGCUCCCCCAAAUUAAUACACUGCCCUCCCCCCAAUUUAAUACAAGGCGGGCUGCUAAUAUAUCCACUAUGGGCUGCAAGUUUAACAUGCUUGAUGUACAGUAUCGUUCUCUCUGCCUCCCUGCCAUUUUCAAUUACACGGUGAAUAUAGCUAAUUAUAUAAAGACGUAGGCAAAUUUAACAUUAAUCCGUCUCAGUGUUGAAAGGUAUGCACAAUAGUUAUAGGUUUGUUAAACCUUUUCAUGAAAAAAUGAAUGAAAAUAAGAUUUAUUUAUUUUUGAAUUAUUCUUUAUUUCCUAUAAUAAUUUUCUGCUUUGUAUUUGGGUUUGUAUAGCAUGUCAUUUCUAGUGAAGGCCUGACGGCCAAUUUACAGACAUGCAUUUCAUGUUGUUGCAAGACUCAUUUCUGAAUUCCGUUGGUAGUACACACGGGCAUAUCUGCCAAAACGCGAGCUGGACCUAAGGAUUUUUUUUUUUUAAUCCGUGUGUCCUAUACAUCCCCCACAGCCAUCAGGUAUGGUUUAAUGCCCUGUCAGAGAAGCCAUUACUGCUGUCAAUGUGGGAUUUAUUGCAAUGUCUACCUAUAACUCCCCAAAAUCUACACUGUGAUUAGUAAAGUAUCGUCUCACGUUUCACCUGUCUCUCCACGGGUUGGUUUGUCCGUUUCUGUGAAUCAGUAUGUGUAUCCUAAUGUAAUGUGCCAAUGUGUCCACAGAUAACUAUGCAGAUGUUACAUGCACACAAAUGUGCGUAACAUGCUCACACAACACAAACAUUUAUGCACAUUAUUUAUUGAUUUCAUCAUGAUGAGGGGAUGGUGCACAUCAACUUAUAGCCAGAACUACUACAAUUAUCUGCAGUGGUCAUGGUGUUUAGAGUGUCGCACUCUAAACACAUAAAGCACCUUAGCAAACUGAACUCUAUACAGGUUUAAAGACUAGGAAAAGGGCUGGUUUAAUCCUUGUCCCAUAUUGUACCUCCUGAAUCAAACUAACAGACCUUUAACUGAGAAUGAUUAGUAAUCACUUACCUCUGUGAAAAGAAAAAGGUCAAUAUUCUUUGAAUGAUUAGAGUUAAUGAUUGAGCCAAUCAUAAUUUAGGUAUUUCUGGUGAUUUGCUUUGAUAUUGCAAGAACGCAAUAUAAUGUGGCGUUGGGUAAACAAAGUCCACUAUCUCAAAUUUUAGGGGUUUAUUGUGUUUGCAAAUAUUAACAUUAGAAAGAUUAUAUACAUUAUUUCAUGUAAAAUGGUGGGGAAUAUAUUUGUAUUUAGGUGGUCCUCAAUGACCCUAUCAGAUGUUAUGUUAGGCAAUGAUUAAUAGAAUUGUUUUUGUUAAUAUUAUUAUUAUUAUUAAAACAUUUCAAUUCAAUUUCCAAUUUUAACAUUACUUUUUGCCAAUUCUUAGUGUUUAUGCUUUUAAUGAACUUCCAUAAUUCCAUAAGCCAAGAAGUUAGUCACCUGUAACCGUUUUAAAAUGUGAUGUUCAGUUAUUAACUGCUAAUCUUGCAGUCUCUUUAGAACCUGCCCCAUUUUGUAGAUACACCCCAUACUCCAAGAGUUAAGAAGACAUGGCUCUAUGCAAAUAAAAAUGAGCAUUUACAUUCUAUUAAUUGAAUAGCUGUGUACUUGGUUAUAACAUGAGCAGAAGUAGGCACCUCUCCCCCACAUUAUUUUACAGUACAAUGUUCUCCUUUAAAGGGAAUCUCUACAGUGCACAAAAACAAACUUGAAAAUCACUGUUUAGUAGAUAUGCCCCAAAUUAAAACAUGAAUGCGUUUAAUUGCACUUUUUUUUCCUAUUGGGGGUUUAUCUAAAAACAUUUUACAAAACCUUCAGUUCUCUUGUCUGCUGCCUUUGCAAGCCCUCCCCUUCUAACACCGCCCAGACAUCUUGUGACUGUCCAAUCACAAACUUCCCAUUGCAGCUCAAUGAGAAGUCUUUACAAGGCAGGUGAUCUGGGCAAUUGUUGCCUUUUUAGUGUAGCUCCACUGAGCUAACCAAACCAGAUACCAGGUACAAGUAACAGGGCCAGCUGUCUGCUUUUCACACAUAAAGCAUUUGAACACGCUAAAGGGACGAGUGUCCUUUUAACACUUCUUAUAACAUCUUACACUGUCAGAAUUAGUUGUAUUUCAACCGUCCUGAGACAUCCAUUCCAGUAGAUGUAACCUGAGUAAGCAUACGUGUUAUUAAUUGUGCAUUAAGAAUUGUCUGUAUCUAACUUAGGACAAACUUAAAGAACCUGCGUAUGGAGCAGAUGUCCUUCGUUGGUGGGUGGCAGAGUCCAAUGUGUUUACUGAAGUGAUGAUAGGACCAGGCGUUCUUAAUUCGGCACAGGACGACAUCAACAAAGUAAGAUAUGAUGAGCUGUGAAGUAAAAUACACAUAAAAAGUACUCUCCUCUAAAUCUGCUGCUUCUGUCGAGACCAAAAAAAGGUCUGGGUUUCCAGCCAAUCCUGAUCUUCUUUGCUUUCAGUGGGAGCAUCUUAAUUCAUAUUUCUUUUUAUAAACGUAUUUCAGUCUCAUAGUUACACAACUCCUGUUCAAACUCUUACAUAGAAAUCUAUGAGGAAGUCUGUGUAAUGCAAGUAAUGUACAGGUUAGGAAGAAGCAUAUACCCAGAGUGGUUUUAAUCAGCGCAGUGCUUAUCAAAUAAGGAGUGACAUAAACAGGAAGCUUAUGUCUUCAGCAUCAAUAUUUUUCUUUAAAGGAGCAAACAUCACUUUCAUGGAAAAUAAAUCAUUGAAUAUCACUUGUAACUUGUGUUGCUUUCUAUGUGAUUCUCCAUUUUUUUUAAAUGCAUGUUACAGCAGUUGGCUCAUAUGUUAAGAAAUUGGCCUCACAAUCCAGUUCAGUACUGACACAUUUGGGACACGCAUUGCACUGGAAGAGGAAAAACAAGAACUUAUUUCUGUUUCUCCUCAUCUCUUUAAUCUCUUUAUACCGAUGGAAAGGGGCACAGGACAGGUCUUUUGCCGUUGAUUGACAGGAAGCCAAAAGGUUUGAACAUGGCGUAGGCAGUGCUUGCAAUCAACCUUUAAAGGAUCCCAGCCUUCACCCAGACCACUUCAUCUCAAUGAAAUGAGUUUGGGUGCAGUGGUCCUUUCAUUUUAACACACUUUUGUGUGUUUUUUUGUAGAAAUUGCAAGGUUUACAUUGCUGGGUUAAAUACAUCUCACAUGGCUGUCUUCCUGACAGCCACUAGAGUUGCUUUGUCCUCCAGAACGAAGUGAAAAUGAUUGCAGCAUUUGAUUGGAGGAUAAUGGUGUUUUGCCAAGCAUUUAUAUUUCCAAUCCACUGCGUCUCAAUGAGAAGCAUCGGUUUAAAGCAGAUUGCGGAAGCUGUCAUUAAGCAUGCUGGUACUGGAAAUGAGAUAAGUGAUCUCUUUUAAACUUUAAUUUGCAAUACCAAAGGGGGUAGACAGAAUUGAAAUUAUAGUCCAGAAACCAUGAUUGUUAUUUUUGGGACUAUAUGUCCAUUUAACUAUUGCUAAAUUACCAGCCCAUUACUUACAGUGAUCACUAUGGACCCCUGCAUUCACUGUCAGACUUGCACUUUUUUUUUUUUUCAAUGAGUGGUGAAGCAACAUCUUUAGCAAAACCUGCCUACCUUAUUUAAUUAGACCAUCAUGGGAAUUCUAGAACAUAUGGAUGGAACAACAUUCUAGAACUGAUUCUAGAACAUCUAGACAAAUUAUAGAACCACUAUAUGGAUGUGCAAGGAUGGCUUAUUCCUGCUAUGGAGAAAGUGUUUAAUUUCUAGAAGCACCGUAGUGUGCUGAGCAAAAUAUUGUGUUUUUCUUUUACCCAAUGAACACUGUCUGCAACAAGUCACAAAUGUGUAUAUUUUGCCUUUAAUCGGUUAGUGCAGUACUGGGGGUUAUUUAAAGUGAAAGGAAGCAUACGAUACAAGUGUAUUGUGAGAGGGUGCUAGUAUAUGUCUUUCUUUUUGUUAUCCUUGGAUAUUGACAGAUAUAAGAUAAACAUCUACAAUUUACCAGUUUCCUUCAUUAAUCUCUGUUCAUGUCUAAAUCAUUUUUCUGCAACACAUAGCCUAAAAUAUUCGUAUAAAUCACACUUUGGUCGUGGUGAAUGUUAUUUUGAGCGUUUGAGGUACAAAUCUCUAACUCAACGGACUAAGCAUUGUUUGUAUCAUGUUAUCACGGGAGCGUGCUCUAUGUAUUUCUUAUUUUGUUUUGUAGCUGCGGAACGUGUUGCGGUUCAUGUUAGGUAAUCUAAAUGGUUUCACUCCAGAGACGGACUCUGUGCCAAGCACCAAGAUGUAUGUGAUAGACCAGUAUAUGCUGCACUUACUGCAAGACUACUCCAGCAAGGUAUGGCUUUCUAAUUGUCAUAGAUUGAAAGAGGUUUGCUGGGUGGACCACCCUUGAAAUCAGAUAAAACCCAGAAAAGCAUUAGGGCGCUUUAAAUAUUCAAUUGAAAGUGCUAUAAGUGAAAGUGCAAAUAAUUUUUGUGUAGAUGAAACCACUUCCAAUUCCCAAAUAAGUGCAUAAAAGUAAUCACCAUACAACAGUAUUGCACUACCUUUUUAAAAAUUCAUAUAUAUGCAGGUGCAUAAAACAAAUACCAAUUGAUUGCAGAAUGCCUGUAUAAUGUAACUCCCAUUUGAAAAUGCCCCAAAGUAAAUCCACACACAGAUCCCAUAGCCACUUCAAACUAUAUACGGCUCUGCGUAUAUCCGCUUAAAAUUACUGAUGGAUAUUUCAUUCCGCUUCCAUUCCACAGGUUGAUGUGUAUCGGCUAAAAAAUAAAUAAGGAGAACCCUCCAGUUGCGUUAUUCCAUUCAUAGAUAUUAUUUUACAAAAACAUUAAAAAAAAAAAACCGCUUACGUUGUAACUUUAACUGUAAAUUUAACGCCGAAACCCAACCGAAUUUCAAUUUGCUCCUUCUGUGUCCGCGAUCUGUAGCGCUCCGUUCGCAUGGGGAGUUCUAAGUCCGCCUUCUGCAAUUGUCACGGUAUGUGGUGAAACGAACCACUUGAUGAUUGCAGGAAGUGUACCCGGAACUCACCACACAAAUGGAGUAAAUAGAAAUUUGGUCGGAUUUCGGUGGUUAAACAGGAAAACUACAAUAUCUGACUUAUGUUCAUCUCCCCUUGCUUUAGGUUUCUGAGGCGUACAAAGGGUAUGAUUUUGGGAAAGUUAUUCGUCUACUGGAAUCCCUAAUCACAAGAGAUUUAUCAAGCUUCUAUUUCAGUAUAAUUAAGGACAGGUAUUUAUAUCUAUUAUCACUGCACUAAUUCACUGUUACUUGCAAAGCUCUAGGCUUUUUGGAAAUGUUUUUUGAAUUAUUAAACCUGAUAUACACCAAUGGGCUGUCUCAUAACGUGAAAUAUAUUUUACAUCUCUCUGAUUGCCCUUUUUGCACCAGUCGACUUUGUGCCUGAUUUGCUGCCUGUUUUUGUGUGAGAUAUCAAUAAAUUUUACUGUUUUAAGGCUUUAUUGCGAGGAAGAAAAAGAUCUGAAGAGGCGCUCGUGCCAAACUGUGUUAUCAGAAGCGGUGGACCUAGUAGUACGUUCAUUUGCCCCAAUUCUUCCACAUUUGGCAGAAGAGGUCUUCCAGUAUAUUCCAUACAAACAAGGUACAAACUCUGUGCCCAGCAGGAUAUGCAUUUCUUACACUAUUGAGGUAGAAAAGACUAAUGACAAACCACUGUUAUCUAAGGGCAUACAAUCAGAUGUUGUAGUCAAUAGAAACAAGAUGUUUUCCUGGUUUGGACCUGAAUCACAUUCUCAGAAAUAAACCUUCUACUUGAUUUGCUAAGAACUUUUUUCAUUGUGUUUAAGGAUCAGAGGGAAUUUUCCGCACAGGCUGGAUUAAAUCUGACUCCGUAUGGAAAAAGCCAGGGUUGGUGGAAGCAAUUGAGGCUGCUUGUUCAAUCAGAGAUGCCUUUCUAGGGUCGAUACCAGGCAAGAACGCAGCAGAAUAUGACAUCACCAUUGUCAUAGAACCAGGUCUUUUGUUUGAGCUAAUGGAGGUAAGAUGCAUUCCUGUCAAUGUCUCACUACAAGAUCAUAAAGCAUUAAAAAUGUCUUGGUUUUAGGAUUCCACUAAUGCCCCAUUCAUAAAUCACAAAUGAAUGUGCUGACAUUACAUAAAGUGUCUUCCAGCUGCUGCCUUCGAUUUGGGCACCCCUUGCUUUUAAUCAUUAAGUAUGCAACAAGCCAGUUUCAUUAAACUCAUAUGUACCAUCUGAAACCUAUGAGAUGGGAUGUCAACACCAAUGGACUGAAAGGGUUUCUUUUUGUUUAAUUAUUUAUUUUAAUUGUCACUUGAGAAUGGAACAACAACUACACUAUUGCAAAGUGAUUGUUUUGAUAGGAGCAGUGGAUCUUUAAUGGUAUAAUUUUUCAGUAACACAUUACAUAUGGAAUACCAUAUUCAAUUGUUUAAGAGCACAAGUAUUCAUACAAUGCAAUGGCGUAUUCAUGUAAUGCUGUGGCAUAUACCUGCCAGGUGAUGUGGUAGCCAUUAAUAGAAAUAGAAAGGGGAUUACACCACUCUGACCAUCUUUGACGCUCCAUCUGUUGUAGUAAGUAAGCAUUCCGAAUGCCUGGCUGAGCCACAUGAAAACCAACUUCAGCUGGAGGGCGGGUGGUUAAACUACAGGAGAUUUAAUAACAUGGUGCUCUUAUUUUGUCACCCACAGACCCUGCAGCCUGAAGAGACAUCCAGUACUUCUCAACUCAAUGAGUUGUUGAUGUCUUCUCACACCUCGCUGGUGACCGAGAUGCCACUUGAUCAAGCACCAGGAGCCUCUGUAAUUGAAGGUUCAUUUCUAAUCAAUUUGGAAGGUAAGCAAGUCCAGCCAUGAUUUGAUCGCACUGAGAUUUUCUUUAUUCUUUUUGAAUAAACUCUAGUAAAUAUUUAUUUAUAAUACGAAAAAAUUAUCUGUGAUAACUGCCUGAACUUUCUUUAUGGCAGAUUUGUAGUCCAAGUCUUUACCUAAUGCCUAGAGACAAAUGUCCGCUGUAAAGACCUGUCUCACCGUCACACCAUCUCUCCAUUGGUGUCUAAUCAGUGUAUUCAUUCUGUACUCUAAUCUUGAUCACCAAUUUGCAUCAACAGCUAUUAGGCUUCUGCCUUGAGUAAUAUUAUUAUUGUAGAAGGGGGGUGGAGUAAUACAACAGAAUAUAGUAAAGCAGCAACUUGUUUUGACCAUCAACUUGAGAAAAAUUGCGUGUCCAGUAAAAUGUGGUGGAGGCAGGGGUGUAACUAGAAAGCACUGAGCCCCUCCCCCCCCCUCAGUGUGAUUGUGUGUGUGGAGUUUGGUUGAACGUGAACCCAUAUUUCUUCUCCGCUUUUAUCAUUGCUGCCAAUCAGAGCAGCACAGGUUAAAUCGGCACACAAUGUGGAGGCUGCUCUGUCUCCUGAACAUCUACCCAGUGUAUAAAGUGGGAUAACGUGUGCUGUGAAGGGCAAGUCUGGAAUUGAAAGUCAGUGUAAUGUGAUUGUGGCUCUCAUAGCCUUGCAUUGUAAUCCUUAAUCCUAAUAUGGCCCUACGUAGCCAGGACUUGGGCGCAAUAACCUCUUUUGCAAUUGUGGUUGCUCAGUCACUGGGUGGAGGUACAAUUCCAAGUCCUACACCAUCUUCACUAAGUAUAUUAAAUGGAAUACUAAACAAUUUGUCUUUUUAGCAUAUCCGCCUGCUUGAACACUUAAAUACACUCUGGUAUGGAUGCUGGAUGUACAUAAGGCACAAUUUUCAAGAACACAAUAUUUGUUGCAAAUUUCAAACUAAUAUGUGCAGACACUUCUUUUAUCAGGUGGAGAUAUACGUGAAGAAGAGUCUUAUAAAGUUAUUAUUCAGCAAAGUACCAAAGAACGCUGCCCACGCUGCAAGAAAUUCACCACCACCUCCGCAUUAUCUCCUUGCCCCCGGUGUCUGGAAGCCAUUGCAGGGAAAUGGAGCCAGUAGCCUGACUUGCUGUUUCUACAUGUGUAUACCAAGUGCAUUGGAAAAGAGAUAUAGCUACUGCUUGGGGUCAGCAACUUUUGAAGGGACAGAUGGGCUACAUGCUCAGUACAGAUUAAAGACACAUGGCAUCAACGUUCCAAAAAUGUAAUUUUGAAUAAUUUAAAAACAAACAGCCAUACAUCUUCAAUAAUAUAUUGCAUUUCUUGAUUUGGGCAGUAUUGAAUGAAAAAAAACCAAAAAAAAAAACCCACCUUUUUCCUGAAAAGAAUCAAGCUCUUUUAUACACAGGAUAUUCUGAAAGAGGUGUCUGCUAUUAAACUGGAAAUAUUAUCGGGGGAUGUGGGAGGGGAGAGUUACUCAAAGAUUAGAGCAGUGACAAUGUAAUGCUCCACUGCUAGAGAAGUAAUAGCAGGUUUGUAAUAUAUACCAUAAUGCACUUCCAGUCUUCGCUCUGUGUGUACAUCUUUAAAAUAUUUAUAGUUUGGAGAAAGCUUGCACUUGGGUAAUACCUUUAUUAUUUUGAAAGGUUUAAAUGAUGGGAAAUGUUUUUUUCUUUUGUUUGUUUUUUUUACACUAAAAACUGAAUAAAGGAUUUAUUUCUGAAUGUAGGAAUUUCUUGCUUUAAUAAAAUGGAACAUCCAAACAAAUACCAUUUUUAUAAUUCAUUCAAAGAGAUGGUAUGCUUCUACACAUAUCCUAGAUACAGCAAUAUAUCUGUGUAACCAAGUUAGCGAAAUUAUCCAAUCGUUCCUUUAUUAGUGGAUGCCUACAGUAGUAAUUCGUUCGUCAAAGAGCUCCCUCCCUAUAUUACAGGCCUAGAUUAACAGGACCCUGCGUUUUCAAUGUAGAUUUCCCAAGCAACACGCUUCAGCAGGUAAGGCAAACAACCUGUCAUGGGAAUUGUGGAAAAUGUUACUAAGGAAUUGCAAAUUUUAGGCAUAAAUGGUUAAUUUGUGGAUAAAGAAAGAAAACAAGAAAAAACAACCUUCAUCUUUGUUUUGUUCUGGCCUAGAGGUUGGCAAGUAUUGUCAUGUCCCAGCCUAGUAAAAACAAAGCAUUCUGUGAUCUAAACCAGAUCUUCAAAAACCUAAUCCUGGUCUAAUGUGGUAAUAAAAAAAC